CUGAGGGAGUGAGUCAGUGUUGGAGGGUGUGUCGUCGAGGGUGGAUGUGCAGCUCGUGCGGUCCGUUGGGUUUCUUAUUGACGCCUCUCUGACGCAGGAACCUUUGAGCUUUUGGUUGGAUAUUUCCACCAUCCACUCCAGCAAACUUAGACGAACUUCCUCCCACUCCGUUGACUUGUGUGUGUGAUGAAGAAAUUGUAUGUCCCUCAGAAUUUUAGUGUGAAAUAAGGAUUUCAUUUCACCCAGUGCCGGUGAUUACUGGUGCUUGGACGGUGCAGUUGUGAUUGGUUAGUGCAGAGGAACACCGAGUGGCAGGCCUGGAAAGCGGUGUGGCGGCGCCAACACGAUAGGGAAUACCAGCGGAAGUUAAAGGGUGAGUAUAAAGAGAGGAGAGAUGGCGCACCUGGUGGAGAAGGUAGUGGACGGCUACAAUGACAUCUUCAUCAACCGGCGAGAUCCGAGGGUUGACGGCUGGCUUUUCAUGGAUUCGCCGUGGCCCACCUUCUUCCUGUGCAUCAGUUACGUGCUGCUAGUGAAGGUGAUCGGGCCGCGCUGCAUGAAGAAUCGCCCUCCCUUUGAUCUGAGGCGUCUCCUCGUCUUCUACAAUGCAGCUCAAGUCGUCUUUUCCACCUGGUUAUUCUACGAGAUUGGAAUGAGUGGGUGGUUCACACAUUAUUCAUUACGCUGUCAACCUGUUGAUUAUUCCGACAAUCCUUCAGCUAUCCGUAUGGCUCAUGCUUCCUGGUGGUACUACUUUUCCAAGUUCACUGAAUUCCUAGACACAAUUUUCUUUGUGCUGCACAAGAAAAAUGAGCACAUUUCAAUGCUGCAUGUCAUCCAUCAUGGCUGUAUGCCCAUGAGUGUUUGGUUUGGAGUCAAGUUCACUGCAGGUGGGCACAGCACUUUCUUCGGCCUUGUCAACACCUUCGUGCAUAUCGUGAUGUACGUGUACUACAUGUUAGCCGCCAUGGGACCCAAGUACCGCCGCUACAUCUGGUGGAAGAAGUAUCUCACCAACUUCCAGAUGAUCCAGUUCAUCCUGAUCUUCAGUCAUGCAUUCCAGCUGUGCUUCACUGAGUGUCACUACCCUCGUGCCUUCAUGUGGUGGAUUGGAGGUCAUGCCGUUAUGUUCUUCUUCCUGUUCUCGGAGUUCUACAUCAAGGCUUACCUUCGUGGUACCUCAAAGCUCUAUAUGAAUGGGACCUCACAUCUCUCCAAGGCAAAUGGACAUACCAAUGGACAUAUCAAACAUGCAAAUGGUCAUGCAAAUGGCAAAGCAAAUGGUGUAGCCAAUGGUUACAGCAAUGGCCAUGCAAAUGGCCAUGCAAAUGGAACUAUCCAUUACAGGGGAUCUUCAACAAAGGAAACCAACGGCCACAUUCCCCAGACUGAGGACACUUCCAUCAAUGCACGGGUGCGGCGGCUAGUGUGCAUGAGUGUAGAUACUAGCUUGGAAUAAGCUCAGUGUUUAGUACUACCUCAUAACUGGAGUAAAUCUUAACAGUGCAUCCAGACCUCUCAUUUUAUUUAUCACUGAGAUGUAAUACACCAGGCUCAGCUAGAUAAUCUUGUGGUGGUGCUGAGCUUGGCGCAAGAUGCAACUCUUGAUAGAUGACGUGUCAGACAAUAUAAUAAUAAUCACAGAGCAGCAGGGUUCUGCAGGUAACUCAUGCCCUACAAUUUCUAUUUUGUAAGGUAAUGACAAAUAUCUGAUCAAGAUGAUGAAUCAGCUUUUUAUUAUACUAGUUUUCUUCAUUUAAUGCUGUCUCCUGAAAUUGAAAGUUAUUGCUAAAUACUCUGCAGUACAGUUAGCAAUGACAAUUUUAUUGAAUGGUGCAAUUAAUAAAAGUAAAAUCCAUUGGUUGAUUAUUUUGGUGUGUGUUCGAGUUGUUAGUUUUAGUGGACAUGGUGCUCAUGGAGAGAACUUGAACUCUCAUGACCUUACAAAAAUGUUGGAAAGGAACUGGCCUUUCUGGAUGUUGCACAAAUCUGCACUGGAGUAAGAAAGCACUUUAAGUGUACAUUUUACUGUGCUAAAUGUUUCAGUGUCAGAAAAGAAACAUUUAGGAAAGAAGCUUGUUUUAACAAACUUAAGAUCAAUGUUUUCCACUGCCAUGAUUGUCUAGAUACAAAACAACAUGACUUUGUCAUCCAUUUCAGACCACAAUCAAAGAUUGUCUUACUUUUAUUGCAAUGAAAUUGCCACUAGUCUUGCCUUCACAUAGAAAGACAAUUCUGUUAUCUUAUUGGUCUUUAAUAUGCUUUGAUAAUGGAUUUUUUGUGGCAAUAAAACUACAUGCUAUAUGAACUGUUAUUGUGAUGCAGUGGUGGAAAUUAUCCAUAAAGAAUAAAAGUUGUGAGUGAAAACCAGCAAAAGACACUGGUACUACAUUAAUUUCACAAAGCCAUUCACAGGCAUUUGGUGCCUUUUUAAUUAAUGUAGGAAAAUACUGGACUAGGGUUAUGCAACUUGCAACCAUAAAACCAAUAUUCACAGUAUAUGGAAAGUAGUGUUUUCUUACUUAAAACUUAUUUUUGUAUGUAUUUUGGACAAAGUUCACAUAUCACUGAUAAAUGGUAAAGAUUAAAUUUGAACUCUGGACAUUGAUCAUGCAAACCCAAAGUAAUGAAAUCCUUUGCAUAAAAUUUUUAACUAAAGUUAAAGUUUUUAAUAUGUAACAAUUUUAUUAAUAGUCUUUUAUUCAUGGUGAUGUGAAUUACAUUUGGCCACAAAGAAAACAGAAAAAGAUGGUCUUGGUUCAUUAGUUGUGCCUUAACCAAUACCUUCUACAACAGAAACACAAAUUCUUUUAAGAAGUUAUAGAAUGCAAAGUUGUUAAAUUUUUAAAGAUUUAGAUAAUACUGAUAAUAGUGACCAUACCAUUCUUCAUGACUUAUGAGCUCUUUGUCCUGUGUGUGCACUGUGUGUGUUGGCUGUAUAUGUUGCAGGAUCCCAGUUGACAGUGCAUGUCUGUUUAAUGUUUAUUCUGUACUGCAGAAGUCUAAAAACAUGUAAUACAGUUAUGCAUAAUUUAUUCAAAAUGAUUAGUGUUUCUUGGCAGUGUUAUUCUGAAUGAAAAUUUCCUCUAUAAUGUUGUCCACAGUUAGUAAAUGAAUGUUGUUGUACAUUUGUGCUUAGGUAAAAAAGAAUUAUGGCAAUGCAAGCACUUCACUUCAGUUCCCAGAGUAGUGUUGUACUAUUUAGUCAAGUAACUUCUUGUUUUACUUUUCAUUAUUCCAUGUGGAUUACUACUGGAGAUUAGGAGAACAUUGCUGUAUUUCCAGAUUAACUCACCCCUCUGACGUUUCUCCAAAGUGCAUCUGUAAGGUCUUAGGGCUACAGACCAGCACUCCGUUACCAAAACAAUGAAGCUGUGUGGACUGACCACCACAUGCUAGUAUUGGUGCCUUCCUCACCCUCUCUCAGAACUGCUCCUUAAUAUAUCCCAGCCUUGAGGGGUUAGUAAAUGAUUUAUAAUAUUUGGGACACAGUUUUGGAGUUUGGAAUCUAAAAUUAUCUACAUGGAAUUACUGAGAAAACUCCAAACCUUUCAUUUGCUUUGUUUGUUACAUAGAACCUGGUACUAAUUAUUUUGCACUCCCUUUCACUUCCUAAUAUCUUUGUACCCAAAUAUGAUGAAGACUAGAUCACACAAUACCAAAGUCACUGUCUCAGAGCGUAAUGGAGGAAGAAACAAGAAUGUGCUAUUUGUUGUCUGCUGGUGGUCUGAGCUACCCUUGUGAAUCAACCUUCAGAUGUAAGUGCUGAUUAAAUGCAUGUGUGAGCAUAAUUGAAGGUUUAUUUGUAUUAUGUCAAACAUGUUCUUUUUGUAUACUUUGUUUUUUUUUUAAGCCUUUUUAAUAAGCAAAUAUUUUAACUGAAA